GCUCCGGCGCUGCGGCAGUUGCCAGGGGAGAUAGGAGGGGAGGGGUUUUGAUUGGCUGAAGUGGGCCUGUUGCUAUGACGACGGCGAGGGGUUUGGUAGCGUUGCCGUGCGCUGUGUGAUCCGCGCGUUGCGUGCAUGGAGGAAGCAGCUGCUGAUCUGAUCUCUGACAUUGUGCGAGACAGACAUCUGAAUAAACUGCGCACAGACGCGUCCGUAAACACACCUCACCAAGGCACGCCGUGCAUGAUUACCUCUUUGGUUUAAUGGGUCCAAUCAUUGGGAUGUCACCAGAUAAGAAAACGGAAAUUCCGGGUAUGCAAGAGGAGCGGACAGGGCUCAGAGGUGUUUGUGAUGUGGGAACACUCCCGGAGGCGGAGUGUGCGUCAAGUCCGCUAGCGACCAGCGUGGAUCGCACUGGAGGUACUGAGGAUGAGGAGCUCACCAACCUCAACUGGCUGCACGAGAACCUGCUUCAGAACUUCACUCUGGGAGGUCCGGAAGCUCAGCCCAGCGGCAGCCCGCUCUUGGACAUAGAGGGAGACUACGGGUCCAACCAUGGCCCAUCGUCGUCGUCCUCCUCCUCGUCACACAGCAGAGGCAGGGAGCGGGACUCGUUGAAGUCCAAGCCCCCUUUCUCGUUUUCUCUCCUCAUCUACAUGGCCAUCGAGCAGUCUCCCAGCAAAUCUUUGCCUGUUAAAGAAAUCUAUGGCUGGAUUCUCGAGCACUUCCCUUAUUUCUCCAAUGCUCCCACUGGCUGGAAGAACUCAGUUCGUCACAACUUGUCCCUGAAUAAAUGCUUCCGCAAGGUCGAGAGGAGUUUGGGAAAGGCCAAUGGAAAAGGUUCUCUCUGGUGUGUUGACCCUGAGUACCGCCCCAAUCUGAUCCAAGCCCUUAAGAAGCAGCACUUCCCUGCCGCACAUGCCUUCUGCACACCGCCCGCCUCCCCACCCAGUGCCUCCUCACCCCCUCGCCAUCUCUUUCUACAAGGCUGCUCAUUCAAAGAGUCUGACAUUGAUGCUGCCACUGCCAUGAUGCUCUUAAACUCUGCCCCCGGGCACCACGUUGACCCAUGCAAUUCUGACAGCCCACUUGACCUCUCCCGACCCGACUCUGUACUGGUGAGCAGUGAUCCAAAGCAGGACCACAACUACAGCAGCGUAGCCCUGCAGCGCUGCUCCUCCCGGUCCUCCUCUUCGUCUCUUUCCUCCCUGGACGAAGGAGGCUGUGACCGCAGGCAGUCCCACCGCGCCGGCAGCGAGGGCUUCCACAGCGACGAGGACUCCGACCUCUGGGACGAGAGGGGCGUCCACCAGACUUCUCGACGUCCACCCGCCAUCAAGUGGCCCGCCGGCAAGAGGGCGCGGCGUGAGGUCAAGCCAGAGCUGGAUGAGGAGCUGAAGGAAGCCGCCGGGUCCUUGCUGCACCUCGCUGGUAUACGCAGCUGCACGGAGGGCUCCAAACGCACUGUCAAGAGCACAAAACUUAACAGGAAAUAAAGAUUACCUUUGCCCCCGUCAGACUCCGGACCCUGUGAACCCUAACCUCUGACCCCUGAUCGUGUGCCCGAGUGUGCCUCCUUCUCCUUAUCUGAUCGUUCAUUGGCCAUUUUGAGCCUUUUUUUGUUUGGGAAUAUCCCUGUCCAACAAAACAAAUGGCAAUAGUAUCGUUCACACAGGAGAACAAAGCCAUAUAGAGACUUUUGUACCUCGGGGUGACUGCUGGGGGUGGUUGUUUGGGCUGUGGAGAAAACAUCAAGAAACCUAUCCAAAAUGACCUGCCUGCUUCUGUUGGAUUAGAAGAUUGUGAUUCAAGAUUUUCUUCUCAAAAAAGACAAAAUGGGAAAAGCUGAAGGUUUUAUAACUCAAAGCGUUGCAUGCUUCCUCCUCAAACCUGUAUCCUCUUCCAAGUGAAUCUAUUUAUGAAGCGAAUGAGUGCAUGUUUGUAACAGACAAAACCUAACCUCCUGGUGUUAUCAUUUUCUCCUGUUUGUGCUAAAGAAAAAAAAAUGCCACUGUUUUGAAAGGAACUCCUGCUCCAUGAAUCCUCUUGUAAGAGAGAUGCAAUAAUUAUCCACAACCUUAACUUUCUUUGACUUUAUUUCAUGGUGGCAUUUUUAAGAGUUGAGUAUGCUAGUUGAACUUUACAAUUAAGAAAAUGAAUGGAGUAGUACUAUUAUCUUGUUAUGCGAUAAACUUAUUACACACAAGCUCUGGCUCUAUUUCAGGAUUAGCAAGAUGUGGAAAUAGUAUUACUCUGCCACUGCCAAAUUUAGUUGCAAAGUUAGCUAUACUACUUCGCUCCACUUUGUGCGGCCAUUACAGUGCUCUACAAAAUGAAAGCUCUUUUCUUUUUCUUUUCUUUUCUUUUCGCAAAUCAAUUGUUCAUCCUGUUGAUCCCCUUCAUUCAUCAGUGUGUUUUUGACAUUUAUUGUGCAGACAUAUAUUCACAUGUUUGGUGACAGCCUAUGCAAAGUGAACAUCUGCCACUUAUUGCCAGAUGUUCACUGCCUGUUCAUAGGUUAUCCUCCAUAGAUUUUAUUUUGUGUGUGUGCGUGUAUCAUAGUGCAUGUCGACUUCAGCCUAAACCUGAGAUAUGACUGUCUUGACCGAAAGAGUUUAAAAUAGUCAAACACUUUUGGCUCUACUGACAAAGUAAUCAUACUCCGAUGAAUGUGAUUGGUGUAAUGAACGAUCUCCUUGCUACAGCUGUAUUGUAGGGCUGCUUGGUACUCUGCUUGCUACUGGUCCUUUUUCAAUGCAGAGCUGGUUAAUAAUCAGAAAAAGGAGCGUACGGGAAAUUAACGCAGCUCCACUAUUUGGGUUUUCAGUUCUCCAGUUUUUUUGUUGUUGUUUUUUUUAACCAUGUACUUUAGAAAAUGGCAACAUUUUACAGCUAAGUUUCUGUUGAUCCUGUGGCAAAGCUAAUUCACAACUUGAGGGAGGGUGUGGCUGUUUUGGUAAAAAAAAAAAGAAAAAGAAACGGUGCAGAUCAUGGUGCAUAUUCCAGUGUAAACGAGAAGGGGGCCGUCUAUGGCCAGAGAGAACUAGAGGUUUGAAGCUCUUAUGUUGUGCCCACAGUUCUGUCUGGCUACAAGUGUUUCGUCCUUGCUCUUCCUCCUCGAACAAAAUAAGGAAGUGCACGCUCUCUUCUCAAGCUGUGAAAUGGAGUGUUUAUUGUCAGUUGAUUGCAUGCAGUUCACUGAGGGGAAGUUGCGAGCCGCUUGUGCAAAAGGCCACAAUUCUCAUUUGAGCUUUUAAAAAGGCUGUAUAGUGGCAGCGUACAAUACAAGGUAGCAUGGAAGCUCAGAGGGGCAACAAACAGAACAUCGUAAUAUUUCUUCCCACAGCACUAGAUCACAUUGUCACAGUGACUGUUAGUAUAGCAUGCAUGGUCAGUGCCAAACAUUUUCUUGUGCCACUGAUGUAAAAGUACAAAGAGCAGUGGUAACUUUAUUCGCCUGCAACAAUGCAGUUGUGAGAGUAACAAUGCCCUAGUUUUCUGAAUCAUCUGAACAGGAAACGGGAGAGGACACUGGUCAGUACAGUGUCUUAACCAGUCUCUUGGGUUAUUUUUGUAGCUUUAGAGUGGGAACUGCUCUUAGCAGAGUAAGCUGCAGUUCUCAGAAGUAAUACUUGCAUACACUGGUCUUGUUUAGCUGUGAAAAAAAGAACAAGUUAUUGUUCAUUAAUCAUCACCUUAUUUAUGACAUUAAUUUAUGGGAUUAUUGAAUGCAAAGUCUAUCAAACACUGGUCAUUUGAAACGAGUGACUAGGCACAGUUAUUGUUCUCCCUUUGUAAACACCGCUUAAUAAGUAUUUUGUUUUUCUCCUUGUCUUAUUUUACAGCAAUACACCUUUUUUUCACUAUGUUAUAGUGAUUAAGUAUUUUGCCAAUGUCUAUUGUUUUUAGAGCGGGUGUUUUUUUUUUUUUUUCAAUCUAACCAUGACUGCCAGGUUUUCUUGAUGUUUUGUUUUGCUUUUUUGUUAGGCUGGAUAGUUUAUUAACAUUGAUCCUGAAACCUUUUGUUGCCAAAAUUGAUGCACAGCUGUGGUAUAAAAUUUAAGAUGGACACAUUCCCCAUGUACUGCAGAAGUUCAUUGACGAAGAUUGAAUCAUUUUCUUUUUUUUUUAUACAUUUGUCUCAAGUUAAUGUUUAGAUAUUGUGACUAAGUUGUCACAUUGAAUAUUGGCUCUCGGUCUCAUCACAGAUUGGAGCCUUAAAAAAAAGCGACUGCCACUCAUAACUCAUGCUUCCAGGUAUUGUUAUGGGAUGUUGAAAUGUUCAGAACGUCAGUAAAAACUAAAUCAGACUCGUAUGACAUGAGUCAGGUCUGUGGAUGAGCCUCUUAAACAUUUAGGCGUCCAACUCAAAACCCAGUUCCUUCAUUGCUCGACAGCUGUUGAUGACUAUUGAUUAUGCGAUUCUCAAAAUUUCUGUUGCAGUUCUUAAGGGUAUGAUGAACAUUUUUGUUGCAUUUGACAAAGUUGCCAACCCAGUAUCAGUUUGUGUCAGUUGUCUGCCAUGUCUAUUGGACCGACAAACCUUUUGGUUUUUGUAUGCUAACCUCUGUUGAUAAAAUGUUUAUAAGAUUUAUUUUCGCCAAAGAUAUGCAAUUGCAUUAUAUAUGGUAUUACAAAAUAUUAAUAAAAACCUGUUCUUGUUUU